AACAGGGGCGAGGGGAGAUAAAGAGAAAGAGAGAUGGAGAAAGAGAGCCAUAUUCCAGCCCUUACAUCAGAAGUUAUUAAAGAUACCACACUCCAACACUCUGAGAAGACAAGGAGUGAAGUCAGAGAAGUAAAGUUGUAUACAGGGACUAAACCAGGGCCAUACAAAACCCUUUAGGAGCUCAACCGAAGACAAAAAAGAGAAAAUUUGGAGAAAAUUAUAAAGAAAUCUAAGUUUUAGUGUUGCUUGGUGUGUGUUUCGCUACUGGUAUACAGUAUGAGCAGAGUAGUGAUUCUUUCUGUGCUCCUGCUGUCACUGAGCUUCUGCAGAUGUGCCGUCAUUACAGGGGCAUGUGACAGAGAUGUGCAGUGUGGUGUGGGACUUUGCUGCGCUGUAAGUCUCUGGCUUAGGGGCCUGCGUAUGUGCACACCACAGGGACUGGAGGGUGAUGAAUGUCACCCAUACAGCCACAAGGUUCCGUUCCCUGGCAAAAGGCAACACCACAUCUGCCCUUGUCUGCCACACCUGUUCUGCAGCAGGUACAAUGACAACAGAUAUCGCUGCACCAGCGACUUCAAAAAUAUAGACUUUUAACAAGAAACAGAGCACGAGACAAUGAAUGGAGAAGAGGAAACCGGAUAGCACAAGAAGAAUACAUAAUAAGUGCCAUGCUUCUCAUCAUUAUCAUUUUUCACUGUCACAUACUUUGCACAAAUGCUGUUAUCCAAAUUCACAAUUACGAUCAUUGAUUUAUCUUGACAUCCAUCGUACUUGCAUUUGAUAGUAAGAACAUACAGUAAGUUCAUAAGCCGACCUUCACAUUGAGUGCACACAGUGCUCGAAUUGAAUUAAAUCCUAUGAGGGUGCCCCCAUAAAGCUGCAAAUGCAAAAUGCAACACAGCACUACCUUAAAACACAACUGGAUGCUUUAUGUAAUAAGCAUUCUUAUGCAAUGCUUUUCCCUAAUUAUUUGUGUUUAAAGGCUGAAAAGGAGUAAAGUUUGACUAAAUGUCAGUGUGGAUUAUGCUAUUCAGCAAGUGGAGUGCAGGUUAUAGCCUUGCUUAUAAGCCAACCGCGUUUGGCACUAGAGGUGCAUUUACAAAAAUAGGCUCAAUUAUUACUUUAUAUAUUGAUUCACAAUAUUACUGCAUCCCAACACAUAUUUAAUAUGUCAGCAUUAUUUUUACUAAAAUAAAAAUAUUUUAGGGACCCCCAAGUAUAUUUUUGCUUAUAGUGGUUCACUAAUGCUUUAUGAGGGGUCCUGUAUCCCCCCUCAAUUCGAGCACUAAGUGUGGGAGGGCAGAGUAUAGUAUUUAGUGUCUAACACGGGGAAAGAUUUGUGAAUGAUUCAUCUUAAAAUGCUGUAAAUUUGUUGAAGGCUUCUUGUAGUUAUAAUUAAAUGAAUCAGUCAUCAGAAUGAUCUUUGUGCAUUUCUCUCAGUCUGUGUGGGAGUGUCUGGAGUGUAAUAUACUGUAGCCUGAGUGACCCAGUCUGUAAAAACCCUGCUGAAGUCAUUUUUUUUGUGAUUUACUGUUUUCUACAUCAUCCCAAAUCAUAAUAAAUCUAAAAUCAUCACCUACAUAAAGUAAAGAGCAUUCUCUUAUAAGCUUGACAUCCUUGACAAGCUCACUUCCUGCUACAAUAUAUUUGGGGGUUUUGCUUGGCGGUGGUCGUUAAUAAAUCAAAAUGAGAAGUGAAAAAAAUAAAUAUAGAUAUCUGCUGGUGAAGGACUCAGGUCACUUCUUUAACAGUAAUGGAUUUUAAAUUAUAGCUUUUAGUACCUCUUUCACAGUAACCAACCGUCUUCUAUUUGGGGAAGUGUCAAAAGUUCAUCAAAGUUAUUUAUGUUUUAUGGUUAAGUUUCACUUUGCAUUAUGCAUUAUUUGACCAUAUGCAUGACCAGUCCAUUUAUUUAUGUGUCAGAUCAUAGGAUUUGAAACAGAAACUUAGAAGGGUACGAAGGGUAGUAUGACUCUGUUUGGUAAGACUGACAGCCCCUAUACUGGAAGCAUCAGCUAGAUUUCAAUCACUUCUGAGAUCUACUGGCAGAUCCACGGGUAAACAAAUACCCUACCUGCACUCUUAGAAAGGAUUUACACAUCUUUGUGCGUUAAGCUUUUAACACAUUUUGUGUAAUUUUAACACAUUAUGGGUCAGUUGUGUUGAUUUUGUGUUAAAAUAUAACACAAGUUGUGUUAAAAGUAACACAAAAUGGGUUGUUUCAAUAAUAACACAGAGAUGGAUGUACAACCAAAUGCUAGGUUCAACGCCAAAAUUGACUUUGUCAAUGUCUUUCUGUCUCAUAAACUAGAAUUGAACUUCCUUAAAUCCUCAAAUAAAAUCAGCUUGGUUAUGAAUAACACAUUAAAAGUAACUGAUUCUCACAAAACCAUUGAAACACAACGGCAUUAAUGAUUUUAGCUUUAAAAUGUGUAAUAUAGUAACAUUAAAAAGCAUCAGAAUUAACACAAUACUGUGUUCUACCUUGCACAAUGUGUGAUUUCAACAUAAGAAUUUAUAAUUGGAAAUUUUAUCUCAUUUUCUGCUGAAAUUCUCAUUACCGCAAUGUGUCCGGCUGUGUUUGAACAUGCGUUAUGUUGUAAUUUAAUCAAAUGAACACAAAAAUAUUAAGAAAAAAAUGGAUGUUUUGCUAGACUACUUUAGAUGACAGAAAAAUAUUUACUGAAUAUUCAUGUAUAAUAAUAAUGAAGAAAAAUUAGGAAAAUGAUGUGUCCAUGCCUGAUGUUUUCAUCCUCCGCAACACUUUUUGAGAACAGUUUAAGCACACAUACAGAAUUUUAAUAAAGUUUGAUUUUGAGUGACCAAGCACAUGGACCAGUUACU